AGCGUUGAAGUGGGACAUUUCCAUCCUUUUUCUGUUUGCCAUGAGGGCGUGUGACGGGAAUAAUGUGGAUGUUCGCACCGGAAUACAGGCCUUUAUUUUGAGAGAAAUGUGGAUUGUUUUGCGCUUGUGGUGUUAAGCCAGACUAAUAUACAAAAAUGAAGAAGCAAUUCAAUCGGAUGCGACAGCUCGCCAACCAGACUGUUGGCAGGGCAGAAAAAACAGAGGUACUGAGUGAAGACCUGCUACAGGUAGAGAAGCGUCUGGACCUGGUGAAGCAAGUCUCUCACAGCACACAUAAGAAGCUGACCGCCUGUCUGCAGGGACAACAAGGCACCGAUUUAGAGAAGAAAUCAAUCAAAUCACCCUCUAAAAGGUUGCCCCUGACAACACUUGCUCAGUGUAUGGUGGAGGGAGCUGCUGUGUUAGGAGACGACUCUCUUCUCGGUAAGAUGCUGAAACUCUGUGGAGAUACAGAGGAGAAGUUGGCCCAAGAGCUGCUUGUCUUUGAGCUUCAGAUUGAAAGAGAUGUGGUUGAACCUCUGUAUGUGCUGGCUGAGGUGGAAAUUCCGAACAUUCAGAAACAGAGAAAACACUUAGCCAAACUCGUCCUGGACAUGGAUUCUGCAAGAACACGGUGGCAACAGUCAUCCAAGUCUUCGAGUCACCCCAGUAAUGUGCAGCAGGGCGGAGCCAAGACUGAUUCCCUGAGAGAGGAGAUGGAGGAGACAGCCAACCGGAUGGAGAUUUGCAGGGACCAGUUAUCAGCCGAUAUGUACAACUUUGUGGCCAAAGAAAUAGACUAUGCAAACUACUUUCAAAUGCUCAUAGAGGUUCAAGCGGAGUACCACAGAAAGUCUCUGGAGAUUCUGCAGAGUGUGCUGCCACAGAUCAAAGCUCACCAGGAGGCCUGGAUAGAGAAGCCAUCGUAUGGAAAGCCUUUAGAGGAACAUCUGGCCCUCAGUGGCAGGGAAAUCGCCUUCCCCAUCGAAGCAUGCGUCACCAUGCUGCUAGAAUGUGGCAUGCAGGAAGAGGGUUUAUUCCGGGUGGCACCUUCAGCCUCAAAGCUGAAGAAGCUGAAAGCAUCACUGGACUGCGGGGUUCUUGAUGUGCAGGAAUACUCAGCCGACCCACAUGCCAUUGCAGGCGCAUUGAAGUCUUAUCUUCGUGAACUUCCCGAACCUCUAAUGACCUUUGAACUCUAUGAUGAGUGGAUUCAGGCCUCAAAUGUUCAAGAUAUGGAUAAAAGGCUCCAAGCCCUGUUGACUACAUGUGAGAAACUACCAACAGACAAUUUGAACAACUUCAGAUAUUUAAUCAAAUUCUUGGCCAAACUUACAGAGCAUCAGGACGCCAAUAAAAUGACACCAGGUAACAUUGCAAUAGUUCUUGGACCCAACCUGCUGUGGACACAUUCAGAAGGGAACGUGACGGAAAUGAUGACCACCAUGUCUCUGCAAAUUGUUGGCAUCAUUGAGCCGAUUAUUCAACAUGCUGACUGGUUCUUCCCUGGAGAUAUUGAGUUCAACCUGACAGGGAGCUACGGAAGCCCCGUCCACACCAACCACAACUCCAACUACAGCUCCAUGCCCUCGCCAGACAUGGACCAAUCAGAUCGCAAGCAGCAGCACGACCAGGGCCGACGGCCACUCAGCGUUGCUACUGACAACAUGAUGCUGGAAUUCUACAAGAAGGAUGGCAUUAGGAAAAUUCAAAGUGUGGGUGUCAGAGUGAUGGACACAUCUUGGGUGAAGGGCAAAGGCUCCUCUACACUGGCACGUAAAGCCUCAUCCACUCCUCCCAGCGCACAGCCACCCGGCUCUCCUGCUGACACCCUGAUCACAGAGCAGUUCUGCGAGCUGGCCACAUCUCCAACCCCCACACCCCCUCCUGCAGAUAGGGGCAGCUCAGACGACGUGUCGCCCAAUCGGCCGGAUUCCUCAAAUGUCUAUGCGUCCCACGUGGAGGAGCGGCCACCCCCUCCUUACCCUUCUUCAUCCUCUUCCUCCUACCCCGCCCCUCACCACUUCUACCCCAAACCCCCUCCUUGUGCUCGGCCUGUCGCCCCCGGACCUGAAUCCCAGCCUCCCACCUCCCCGCCUCCACCCCUGCGCUGGUCCGGCUUCAGCCCCCCCCAGCUCCAGCCCCAGCCACCCCCUUCCUCCUCUUCCUCUUCUUCCUCUUCCUCACUCGAUAUAAACUCCAACCCCAAACCGAGCUGCCUGCACUUUCCUAAACAUGGCCCCUGUGAUGCGCCACAUGCCACUCUGCCUGACACCAAUGCCUCACCCCUUUACUUUAAAACACCUCUCAUGCUGACCCGCCACGACAUGUCCCUCGGAAAUCCCCCAAGCCUCCUCUCCUCCGCCCCUCCGCCGUGGGCUGCCUGUCCAUGUGCCCGCGAGAGAGGACCCCCCUGGUUGACUAGCACUCUGAAGAGCAAGGAGCUCUCUCCUGUGAUUGGCCACAAGGCUAUGCAGGCGUCAGGAGCAACAGUGCCCACUGUCUGCGGUCAGCAGAGCAACAGCCAGUCUCCACACUCGGCCGAGCAAAGCCCCCACACCUUACGCAAAGCCUCAAAGAAACUUGCCCCUGUGCCGCCCAAGGUUCCCUACUGCCAGUCGGGGGUGAUGUCAGACCAAUCCACAGGUCAGCCGUCUCCGGUCAGCCUGUCCCCCACUCCUCCAAGUACCCCCUCCCCUUACGGUCUGGGCUGUCCUCCUGGACACGUGUCCGCUUCUUCCCCUGGCCAGACCCCGUUAGGGGGACCCCAUUCAUUGUCCUCUCCGCCCUUUCUGACUGGUACACUCACAAAGUCCCGGCCCACCCCAAAGCCCAGGCAGAGACCCAGUCUGCCCCCUCCCCAGCCCCCCACCGUCCCCCCUCCAGCCCCCCAACCCCUGGAGCAGGGUCUACUUGACGGAUUGUCCCCCGGGGAGAGCAUGUCCACAGCAGAUCUCUUCAGCUUGGAAAUCCCCUCCAUCAAUGUCAAUCUAGACAGCCUGCUGGACGAGUUCAGGGUGGUCCCAUGUCGGAGCUCCUUGGGCGCGGUCAGCUCUCCGGACAGGGACUCCGUGUCUGAGGAGGAAGGCCAGAGCACCACGCUUUGACCCCUGAGCCCACCCAGCAGCUUGCCAGCAGCUUGCCAGCCUCGUCCGGAGCUCACCCGAUCCUGCUGUGGCUCCGCCUGGAACCCCACCCAACACAAACCCUGGAGUCCCACCUCACCGGCACCACAGGAGAGGAGAUACAAGAUGCCAACCACACAAAAGGUGCCAUAAUAAAAGCAACAGAAUGGAUUUUGUUCAAAUUGCUAGUGGAGGAACCUGGAGUUUUGUCUUAUAAUCCCUGUUUCUCUUUGAACAAUUCUGUCUGUUUUGUUUCAUUGUUGUGGUUGAUUUAUUGGGAUGUUUUUAUUUCUGCCUUAUCGCAGCUGCAAUUACAAUACAAUGCACAUAGGAAGCAGUUUGCUGACUUUAAAGGAACCUCAUGCACUUUCUUGUGCUGGAGGUAUGGAACUAAGACCCACACUAAUGGUGAAGAGUGGGCCUUCUAUGUUUUACCUACAGGGUCCAAGGAUAUGCCAUGCCAUACUCUUUGUAGAUGACUUGGUGGCAUAUAGCAUGCAGGUUUAUUUAAUUCUAAUUUUGCAAUUUGUCUCAUCCUCUCUUUCUCGCUUUCUUUCACACAACCCCUCUAACCUAAACACUAAAGGCAGUACAUCCAAUUAUUCUGAUUAAUAGUUAAACUGGUGUGCUUUUAUCUGUCUUUGUGCAGGAAGGGAACACUCUGAAAAGUUCACAUUACAGUUAACACACAAAAUAAAUUCUGAAAUUAAGUGUACUGUAGUUUACCCAAAAAUUUUAUUUCUGACAUCAUUUACUCGCCCUCAUAUUGAUCCAAAAAAAAAUUCUUAUUGAAUCUGGUCCGAGGCCUUUUAUGUUUGCAAUUACACAUGCACAUGCUCCUGAACACUCAGUGUU